AUGUACAACGGGGGAAAGAAGAAUGAUAAGAAAGAUAAUGGUGAAUGGCUUUUGCUAUCGAAAUCGUGUACUAAAAGUAUACCGGGCGAAAAAGUAACAAAUAUCUCUCAUGGAAAUUCUGAAGAUUUUCCAGAUUCUGUGAAGAAAAUUUGGAAUGAUUCUGACAAAUAUUUCAGUUCCACUACAUCCGUUCCGCAAACAAAUUAUAGUCAACCAAGUGAGCGCCUGAGCACAGAUGAUUCUGAUCUUGUAGAUGAUUCUACUAGUGUGGCACAACUAUCAACAUGUUCAGCGAUAUCAGUAACUUCUGCUUCUACAUCAUCAUUUUAUCCAACAGUUAACAUUACUAACCGAACAGAAAUCAGUAGCGAACAUCCAGUGGAUAAACGGUUGCAAGAAACACAAGACAACGAGGCUCAUAAUAGGUACGACAAAUACAAGAAAUAUACGACUACGCAAAACCGACUGAAUGAGUUACAUAAAAUUAUUGAGGAGAAGGAAAAACAAGUGAGAAUACUACGAAAUGGUCUUAGUGAUAAAGACUUGGAAAUUGGAAAGUUGUGUAAUAAGAUUAGAGCUUUGGAAUAUAACUGCGAAAGAUUGCAAUCAGUAGUUGAAUCUAUUGGAGAUGAAGCUGAACAGAAUGAAGUAAAAGUAAAAGAACUUUUCAUCGAACGGGAUGGUUUACUUGUAAGGAACGCUUCUUUGUCAAGACAAAUGGAAUUUGAGAAACGAGAAUGGUCUAUCGAACGUGAACGCCUUUCAAUGGAACUUGAUGAUGUCACUCGAGAACUCGAACUACAGAAAAUGAUUUUGAACGGCGAAAGUAUAUCAGAAAUUGUGCAGCGGUGGCAAACGAAAGUUUUUGAAUUGGAAGGAAUGAUUACUGAUAGAGAUCGAGCGAUACGAGCCCAGCGGCUUCGAAUCAGUAAGCUAAAACAAUCAAUAGCAGAAACUGAUCGUAUUUCGCAUUCUAAUUCUUUGGAAUCUCAGACCAAACUCGAUUCUUUUUCCCUUACUUACAUAAAGCAUCUUCUUUUACAAUAUCUCACAAGUUCCGAUGAAGAACGUAUUCCACUGUUGCGAGACGUAUCUAGUGCACUUCAUUUAUCAAAUGAAGAAGAGCGCCAAGUACGGACAAGUCUGAAAAAUAAAAUUCACAUUUCUUAA